UUGAAAAACUAAGUUGGCCCUUCCAUUUUGUGCUUGAAGCUUACCGGCAUUUUGGAUUUUUUUUCGAUUGUUAAAAUUUGUAUUCCAGUGAGAUAUUAAUAUCUGCUGCAAAAAACUCGUAAAAUGAUUCGCUCAACAUUUGUGUCCAAGUUGAAUCGAUCCGUAGCGGGAUCAUUGAUUAAUAACUGGGAUUGCACUGUGAAGCUGAUGAAUGGCAAUGCUUUGUAUCCUCAUGCUGUGAUUCGGAAUCCAGAACGCUUCUUUUCGGUAGAAGGUGGUAGUGAUGACAAAUCCAAAACCAAUCCGCCUGGAUUUGUGGCUCCUGGGUCCUUGGGGAAUAAUCCGGAGAACACCACACAGAAGGACGUCACUACUUCGGCGGUACAGUCGCCACCCGUUGCCGUAGUCACCUCGGGUGGCAAACUGGGCAGAGCCGAUCCCGUGGACCCCAUCGCUCGCAGCAAGGCCACCGAAGACUGUUCUUCGAAGGAGGACAACCAGUCCGAGGCCGAGAAGAGAGCAAUGGAGGCCAAGGAGGCGGCUGCCAAGCAAAUACAGGACAUCAUGGCCAACAUGCCCAGCAAGCAGCAGACGGAGAAGUACUUCUUCCGCGUGGUGGCCUUCAUUUAUGACCUGUCCUAUCUCACCUGCACCUGGCUGGUGCACUUUAUCGAGCAGAAUAUCGUACGGAACGCCAAGGUGCAGCACUACUGGAAGCGAUUCCACGAGAAAAUGGAAGAGGCUAAGAAGGAUUAACUCGCAACGAAUCACAAAUUUAUAUUAAACAACUUAUGCGAAAGCAAAAAUAAAACAAUUCGCUGACGUAAUCGAAA